GGCUAAAGCCCUGGUUUCCCCCAACGGACACCACCACUCAAGUAAACAACCGCCCACUUCCCCCCAAUUUUUUUUUCUGACUAAUGGGAAUAAAGUUCCAUCCGUCCCCUGUCGUCCUAAGCCCUAUAUAAACUGGAUAUUUCCCAACAUUUCACUAUCCCAAUUCUUCAUUCUUACAACAUGGCUCGUACCAAACAGACCGCUCGUAAAUCCACUGGUGGCAAAGCGCCCCGUAAACAGUUGGCCACUAAGGCUGCUCGUAAGAGUGCCCCGGCCACUGGUGGUGUUAAGAAACCCCAUCGAUAUCGCCCUGGUACCGUCGCUCUACGUGAGAUUCGCCGUUAUCAAGAAUCGACUGAGCUUCUGAUCCGCAAGUUGCCGUUCCAACGGUUGGUCAGAGAAAUUGCUCAGGAUUUCAAAACCGACUUGCGUUUUCAGAGCUCAGCAGUUAUGGCUUUACAAGAGGCAAGCGAGGCUUACUUAGUGGGUCUUUUCGAAGACACCAACUUGUGUGCCAUUCAUGCCAAGCGAGUUACCAUAAUGCCUAAGGACAUCCAGCUGGCUCGUCGUAUCCGCGGUGAACGUGCUUAAAUCUUUGUUGCAGACCAUCAAACGGCUCUUUUCAGAGCCACAAAUUAUUCCAACGAAAAGUUGUUGCCCGCCCAUUGCUUCCUGCAACGAAUUCGGCGUUUCACAUAACUUGGAUGUGGAAAACAGUGGUUCUUUGAUCAAUUAUUGGUUCAGGGAAUAUUCAAUUAAUGUUAAGAGAUACAGUUUUUAAAAAAUUUCAGUAAAAACUUAAUGCAUAGCUACUUUUCAAGGGAAGAAAAUUUGUUUACAUUAAGACUCCGUUUGUACUGCUUUCUAUACUAGCCAUUAAGUAUUUCUGAAGACAAAUUAAGAGUUAGGAAAUAAACUUGGUAAAUUAAGAAUGUCGAUCAAAAUCAACAUCACAAGGAAAACUAAA